AUGGAAGUUGCUGCCGACCUGCGCCCCGUUCUGGGUCCAGCACUCGUUCGACUCGAUCCUAUGAGGAUCAAACAGUUGCAGUCACCCACCGUAUACAAAGCUAUCGAUGAACUCGCGAAGCUAUCCGCUCAAUGCAUGCAACUGCGAACCCCGCUCACUUGUUGUGAGAAGCUGGUCGCAUCCGAUCACACACUGUACCUUAGCUGGGAGUAUGACUCAAGAAAAGUGGCGCCAGAUUCAGGGGUUGGACGAGAAUGCGAGGACAAAAGUUGCAUGGAAGGUGUAUUUGGACAAGGUGUUCAAUUGUUUGUGCCGCUGCGUACAGCUGACUACAAAGGUGAAGAUGCUGCUGCCCGAGGAGACUUGAAUGGAUCGAAUGCAGGGAACUGCAAUUGGGCUGUUGGCUAUGGGAGCAUCGCCGAGACCAGCUGCAACUUCGGCAAAUCCUUCCUUAAUAAUGGAACUCCAUUCAUUAUUGAAGCAGGAUGA